AUGCGCGGCUCGUGGGACGAGGCCGCCACGGCGGCGCUGCACGCGCGCAUCCUGGAGGCGCACCGCGGGCCCGCGCCCGAUCGCGCCGCCGAGCCCGCCGCCUGCGCCGACCCGCCACCUGCACCUGCCGUCGAGCUGGCGGCGCCGACGCCGCUACUGCCUCUACCCACCCUCAGCUUCAGCGCUGCCCAAGUGGCAACCGUAUGCGAAACUCUCGAAGAAAGUGGCGAUGUAGAGCGCUUGGCGCGAUUUCUGUGGUCUUUACCGGUGGCUCACCCUAACGUAGCUGAGUUGGAACGUUGCGAAGCCGUGCUGCGAGCGCGUGCCGUCGUCGCUUUCCACGCCGGCCGCCACCGUGAGCUCUACUCGAUCCUAGAGAGACAUCGAUUCCAGCGAUCGAGCCACGCGAAACUUCAAGCCCUUUGGCUGGAAGCUCAUUACCAGGAGGCGGAGAGGCUCCGCGGCAGGCCCCUGGGCCCCGUAGAUAAGUACCGUGUGCGCAAGAAGUUCCCGUUGCCUCGCACCAUCUGGGACGGCGAGCAGAAGACCCACUGCUUCAAGGAGCGCACGCGUUCGUUGCUCCGCGAGUGGUACCUUCAGGAUCCCUACCCGAACCCUACUAAGAAACGUGAAUUGGCGGCGGCGACAGGGUUGACACCGACGCAAGUCGGCAACUGGUUCAAGAACCGGCGGCAGCGGGACCGCGCGGCCGCCGCCAAGAACCGCUCCGCAUUGCUGGGCCAAGGGUUCGCUUCAUCCUCCACGUACGACGAGGACUCGGCCGAUUCGGAGAUCAACGUGGACGAAGAAUAG